UGUAAAGAGGUCUGGCGCCCUCUUCUGGCCUUCAGGCAUACAGACAGAAUAUUGUAUACAUAAUAAAUAAAUAAAUAUUUAAAAAAAAAGAAAUUAUCUGCAGAGAGACACCUCUAUUCUACUUCCUUUUAAAGAGUAUUCAAGGUGAGUCUUAAGUCUACGCUGUACUUAUGCAUGCAGGGACUCAGCUUUCUCUUCUCCCCUCUCCUUUCUUCCUCGUAUCUUCCUGUGUCCUCUCCUUUGCUCGCUCGGUGUCAAGCCUUGGCCUUCAUGCACACGAGUAUGUGCUCUAUGACUGGGUCACAUCCCAACCCGUAAAUUACAUUCCUUUUUUUUUUUUUUUUUUAGUUUUUCGAGACGGUUUCUCUGUAGCUUUGGAGCCUGUCCUGGCACUAGCUCUUGUAGACCAGGCUGGCCUAGAACUCACAGAGAUCCGCCUGCCUCUGCCUCCCGAGUGCUGGGAUUAAAGGCGUGCACCACCACUGCCCAGCCGUAAAUUACAUUUCAUAGCUGCAGAACCUGCUGAUAUUUGGUGUAAGGAGUUAGUCAUAGGUGUCAGCUGUUGGCACUGAGAGUGCCAGACCUUAGCCAGGUUAGUUCCAGAGGACUAGCACACUUGCUGUCCUCCCCGCCCCAUCCUGGUUCAUCCGUCCUGAAGGAAAGCAAGCUGUUUUUGAAGUUGUCAUCACUGGUCCCCAAAGCAAAGUCACUGACAGGGGGAGGAUGCACAGGUGUGUGGCUAACGAGAGGGUGUUACCCCGCUCGUCCUGACGGCUUGCCUGCUGUUUCUGCAGCAUCGGGCUCUAAUGGAAGAGCUAAACCGCAGCAAGAAGGACUUUGAGAAGAUCAUUCAAGCCAAGAACAAAGAAUUGGAGCAGACCAAGGAAGAAAAGGAGAAGGUGCAAGCCCAGAAGGAAGAGGUUCUGAGCCACGUGAACGACGUGCUGGAGAACGAGCUCCAGUGCAUCAUUUGCUCCGAGUACUUCAUCGAGGUGAGGGUGAGCAGUGCCCCCCCCCCCCCCCCCCGCAGUGCAUCAGCCUUCCAGGCUGCUUCUGCUGCGGGGGAACCUCUCAGAGAGAACUUGGUUCAGAAACCUGGAGCUGUUUGAUUUCCCGGUGAUGUCUGAAGGUAGCCACUUCUCAUUAUAUCAUGCAGUCUUCACCAUGCUUUUGUUCCUCUUGGAUCACCAUUUUAACUGCAAUGCAAGCCUGUCAGGGCCACACAGUAUUGGAGUAAAGCUGCCCACUGAUGCUGUCCUUCUUAACUCUGGACGGGUGCAGUGCUCAGUGUGGGCUUGUAGCGUGCCUUUUUGACGAGGAAGUGGAUGCCAUUAUGUGUGGUAGCUAUGGGUAUUCAGGGGCCAGAGUGAACAUGUUUCAGGGUUUUGAGGGUCCUUUUGAAAAUGGAGCUCCCCUCCAAGUUGCCAUUUGCUGCUUUGUCACCAGCUCUUAGUUUUCAUUCAUUUCUACCAUUUGGGUUUUUUUUUUUUUAACUACUUUUUAAAUUUGAUCUUUAUUAGGCU